AGGUCUUGUUGUCUAUGUUAAGUAAAGCCCUCUGUUUGCUGCAUAUAUACAUACAAUAGAUCUGUAUCUAUUUCUCAUUUCCUUGCAGAAAUGGGGGAGCAGAGGUGCAUAACGUCGUCGUUUUUGGCAUUGGUGCUUCUUCUUCUGCUUCAGCUCAUCAAUGGAGAAGACCCAUAUAGAUUUUUCACUUGGAAUGUCUCUUAUGGCGAUAUUUACCCUCUUGGAGUCAAACAACAGGGGAUAUUGAUAAAUGGACAGUUUCCAGGGCCACUGAUUGAAUCAGUGACAAAUGAUAACUUGGUUAUCAAUGUUUUCAACAGCUUGGAUGAACCAUUUCUCCUUUCUUGGAAUGGGGUUAUGCAACGGAGAAACUCGUGGCAAGAUGGUGUUUUCGGUACAAAUUGCCCAAUCCCACCUGGCCAGAACUUCACGUAUAAUCUUCAAGUGAAAGAUCAGAUUGGUAGCUUCUUUUACUUCCCUUCCCUGGCAUUCCACAAGGCCGCCGGAGGAUAUGGUGGCAUCAAAAUUGCUAGUCGUUCGGUUAUUCCGGUCCCCUUCGCACCACCUGCUGGAGAUUACACUAUACUUGCCGGAGACUGGUUCAAGCAAAACCACACUGAUCUAAAAGCAAUUUUGGACAAUGGUAACGAUCUUCCCUUCCCGGAUGGCAUUUUGAUUAACGGGCGAGGAUCAGACGGAUUUACAUUUACGGUUGAUCAAGGUAAGACUUACAGGUUUAGGGUAUCGAACGUUGGUCUUACUACUUCAAUCAACUUCCGAAUCCAAGGUCAUAAGUUGAUUUUGGUUGAGGUAGAAGGAACUCAUUCACUACAAAAUACAUAUGAUUCCAUCGACAUCCAUUUGGGGCAAUCGUAUUCCGUAUUGGUCACUGCUGACCAACCUCCUAAGGAUUAUUACAUAGUGGUUUCAACCCGGUUCACCACACCCGUGCUUACAACUACGUCGGCUCUACGUUACAGUAACUCUGCCGGAGGUGUUGAUGGUGCCCUGCCUGGGGGACCGACGACUCAGAUUGACUGGUCAAUUAACCAGGCCCGAUCACUCAGGCGUAACUUAACCGCUAGUGGGCCAAGACCGAACCCACAGGGUUCGUAUCACUAUGGGUUGAUCAACACCACUCGGACGAUUAGGCUCGUGAACUCUGCACCUGUGAUCAACGGGAAACAGAGAUACGCCGUCAAUAGUGUAUCAUUCAUUCCACCGGACACCCCACUUAAGCUUGCUGAUUACUUCAAGAUUUCCGGUGUUUUCAGCCUUGGAAGCAUUCAGGAUAGCCCAACUGGCGGUGAUCACCUCCAAACCGCUGUAAUGCCGGCGGACUUCAGAGGGUAUGUGGAGGUCGUGUUUGAGAACCCGGAAGACACGGUUCAAUCUUGGCAUGUCGAUGGCCACCACUUCUUUGUUGUCGGGAUGGAUGGAGGGCAGUGGUCGACUGCUAGCCGAACCGGCUACAAUUUACGCGACACGAUUUCACGUGUCACCGUACAGGUAUACCCGAAGUCAUGGACGGCGGUUUACAUGCCGUUGGACAAUGUGGGAAUGUGGAAUGUACGGUCGGAGAAUUGGGCUCGACAAUAUUUAGGUCAACAAUUCUAUCAUCGUGUUUAUUCGCCUGCUAAUUCUUGGCGAGACGAGGCUCCUAUUCCAAACAACGUUCUUCUCUGUGGACGGGCGGUAGGACAUCAUCAACCUUGAACUCGUUUACGACACGAGUGAAUUGUUUUACUAGGUUUUAUACAAAGGAAUUCCGAACCAAUGCGUAGACUCAUCUUCUUUAGCGUUAUUCGUUGGCUUGGUUGUAUUGUAUCGGAGGAAGAGCGUUAUUCGUUGGCUUGGUUGUAUUGUAUCAGAGGAAGAGCGUUAUUCGAUUGUUGUUCAAAAUAUAUUUUAUUUUCGGAUUACGGAAUUGUAGUUAUUAUAGUGCAAAAGCAAUGGUAAUUUUUAUGUAUACCGAUGAUGAAAUAUCUAUCGACUUCGUUGUUUUGGU